GCGAAGAUGACUUCCCUCACCAGCAGUUUCCACAUCGAGCGUGCCCAUGAGAAUCAGUAUGUUGCGUCCAAAGGUCUCGAGGCAUCCGAAAUCGAGCGAGUGAUGACACCCGACGAUAUCCCGAAGGAUGCCCAAGACUACAACCGCAUCGACGCCGAAGUCGCCAAAUACACCGACACCGCCCGCAUCGAGAUAUCUCCUGCCGAGAACCUUCGCUUGCGCAAGCUGAUCAACAAACGAGUCCUCACAAUCAUGGUCUUAACGUACUUUCUGCAAGCCCUCGACAAAGGAACCCUCUCCUUCACCUCCAUCAUGAAACUCCCUGAAGACCUCAACCUCCAGAAACAGCAGUACAGCUGGCUGACGACCUGCAUAUACAUCGCUAUCCUGAUCGUCGAAUAUCCCAUCAAUUGGCUCAUCCAGCGUCUGCCGAUCGCGAAGUUCCUAGGGGCUUGCAUUGUGAUUUGGGGCAGCGUGCUGGCUUUUCAUGCUGCGGCGACGGAUUUUGCGGGGAUUUGUGCACUGAGGACGCUGCUGGGAAUCUUCGAGGCAGUCUGUCAGCCGACUUUCUUGAUCUUGUCGUCGAUGUGGUAUCGAAGGGAAGAGCAAGCGAUGAUCGUGGCGUUCUGGUACUGUAUGAACGGAGCGCAACAGAUUGUCGGCGGUCUCCUGGCGUACUGCUUCUCACUGAUACCUCGCGGCGGAGCACUGGAGUCCUGGCAAGCCAUCUUCAUCACCUAUGGUGUGGUCUCGGUCCUCUGGGGCGUCUUCGUCAUCUGCUGGCUGCCUGAUAGUCCAAUGCGAGCAAAAUUUUUCUCGGAGGAAGACAAGCACCUCAUGGUGGAAAGGGUGCGGUCCAACCAGACGGGACUCCAGAACAAGAAGUUUCGUGUCGAGCAGAUGAAAGAGGCAUUCCUUGACCUCCAGUGUUGGUGCUAUUGCUUGAUCGCAUUUUGUACGACGCUGCCGACGGGCGGCCUUGGAGCUUUUGCGAAUAUCAUCAUCACUGGCUUCGGAUUCACUGUCCUGGAGACGCAACUGUUGGCCAUGGUACUUGGCGCUUUUAUCAUCAUCACUCUGUUCAGCUCCUCUUGGCUGGCGAAGAAGACGCAGCAGAACACCAUCGUGAUGGCCUGUUUCUGCCUGCCGUCAUUCGCAGGCACCAUUGUGUUGAUGACUGUCGAGAAGACCAACACAAGCACCGCAGCUGGUCUCUUGUUCUCAUACUACAUCAUUCUCUCCUUCUGGGCAGCCCAAAGUCUCGGCAUGAGCAUGCUCUCUCGCAACGUCGCCGGCCAGACCAAAAAGUCAGUAGCGGUGUCCAUGAACUUUGUAGCCUGGGCGACAGGCAAUGCAAUUGGCCCGCAGGUUUUCCUUUCCUGGGACGCACCACGGUAUUUCAUCGCCUUCUCCACGCACAUCGGCUGCUACACCCUCCUCAUCAUGACGCUCUUCGUGCUACGCUGGUAUCUUCGCUCGCAGAAUAAGAAGCGUGAUGUCAUCGCUGCGGCGGGAGUUCCGGAGGCUCAGGAUGAAAAGAUGGUGCAUGCGUUUGAGGAUUUGACGGACAAGGAGAACCCGAACUUUCGAUAUGUGUUCUGA